AUGCUGUCGAGAUCGUCCUCCGCCGCCGCCGCCAUCGCGCUGGCCCUCCUGCUGGUCUGCUGCAGCGGCGCAGACGCAAAGACAUACUCGGUGGAGUGGCAGAACUCCUCCCCGGUGAUCGAUGGAGUGCCACGGAAACACAUCACCAUCUGCAAGGGCGACGUGCUCAAAGUGUGGUGGAAGAACGAGGAGCACAGCCUGUGGAAGAUGACUGGCUGGGGCUGCGACCAGACAGACUACGCCAUCAACCCCCUGUGGCCCGAGAACUCUGUUGACCAGGCCACCCAGUACAUGACCUUCUCCAAGACCGGCACCUUCUACUACUCCGACCAGCUGGCAGACAACUGCGUGGACGGCCUGCGGCUGCGGGUGGACGUCAAGACCAUCAAGGACUGCCGCCCCCGCCCCGGCUCCCUGACCAGCCGACGCGCCCAGCACCGCGGAUGA